GUUGAAAAAUGUCAUGUUCAUCGUGAUGGUCCCAUACGAGAGCUUUAGAUGGUGGGAAGAUGAAGGAGAAAGGCAAAGAGCACCUCCAAAAAAAACAAUAACCGUAGCCCACACCUCCUCUCAGCAAACAUCUCUCUUUCUCUGUUUCUUUUAUUAUGUUGUGUUCCUUGGGGGUGCUGAUGUAUGUGUGUUGAAGUUCUGAAUUUGAAUGGAAACACGUGCUAGUGGUGAUAUGAAGAUGCCCAUAGAUGAUGCUUUGAAUGGCUUCUCUCCUGUCUCCACCCCUAGGAUUUUCUGGAAAUCACGAAGGAGAUCAGCUAGCGGGAGGAAUUUAGAGGUAUCAGAAGAUACUGCUAAUAAACCACCCAGCAAGCAGGAAGAUACUCCUCCACCUUCUAGUGAGGAGGUGCAGAACACGACUCCGAUUUCUGAGCGCCGAAAGGCUCUGUUUGAACCUUUAGAACCUAUAAUGAAUAUUAAUGGCCGACGACCCUCGGCCGAGUCUUUACUUCCUCCUCCUGACUUUGAGUCUGCAAACUAUCCGAAGGGCUGGCUGAUUGGCAAGAAGAGAAAACUCGUUAAUGUCGAUGUUGUUGAAAGCAUGAGAAGGAUUGCCAUCCAAGAAAUGAACAGAAAGGACAGGGAAAUUGAUGGGCUGAAUGAACAGCUGGAGGAGGAUUCACGGUGUCUAGAGCACUUGCAACUCCAGCUUGUGGAUGAAAAAAGCAAACGCGCUCGAGUGGAAAGAGAAAAUGCAAUGCUGCAAGAACAAGUGAACAUGCUUAUGAACAUGUUACAAGAAGCAGAACAAAUGGGAGAUGAAGGCCCAGAUGAACCUUAAAGUUUAUUAUUAUACCGUGUGUGUGUGUGUGUGUUUGCUUGUGUGUAUUAAAUUCUUUUUGUAGGUUUUGUUCGUCAUGUCUAGUUGGCUGCGCAUGUCGGAUGUCUCUGCAGUUAUAAAAAUAGAGUGCAUAUAUUAAUAUUUGGGGGGAAAUAGAUCAAACCGCAAUGAGCAAACUAUUCGUUUAUAUCAAAACAAAACAAAACAAAACUUGUAAAUCUUCUGGUGACCAUGUGGUUGUUAGUUUAUAUCUUGUAAGUCUUUUAACCUAUAAAAUAGUAUUUUAAUUUUAGAUACUUUCCAAGUU